CGCCAUGCUGCUGUGAGGAGCUUCCUACGGAACGGAUUUCGAUAUCGAUCCGGUUAUGCAGGAGAAGCACGCUCUCGUCUUGAUACAUGCAGCGCUCGAUUAGAUCCCUUCAAGGUACCACCUGGUUCGUAUCUGUGUUCUUGCAACACGAUGUGUUGGCUUAGUAUGCGCCCAUCCGUCCGUACUCGAAUGCACCCGGGAUCCAGUUCGUGACGUGACAGCAAUAACAGACUGACAUCUAUCGGCCCGAGUGAUCGGUCUCCUGCUUUUGACCACCACGCUCCGCGCAACAUGAACAUCAGGCUAGCUACGGCAGAUGAUCUGCUCGCGAUGCAAGCUGCGAAUCUGCACAACCUGCCGGAGAAUUACACGCUGAAACUUUGGAUGUACCACAUCAUCACAUGGCCGCAAAUCUCGUUCGUCGCAGAAGAUCCCAAAGGCAGGAUCGUGGGAUACGUGCUGGCGAAAAUAGACGACCCGGAGGACCGCGACGCGCUGAGCACGGCGCCGGAGGACGAGGCGCGGAUCCACGGGCACAUCAACUCCAUCUCCGUGCUGCGCUCUUACCGCCGCCUCGGCCUCGCGAAAAAGCUCAUGCUUCUCUCGCAGGAGGCGAUGGUGACCGUUUACAAGGCCUCCUUCGUCUCGCUUCAUGUGCGGCACUCGAAUAAGGCUGCGAUCGGGCUGUACAAGAACGCACUGGGCUUUGAUGUGUCCAAGGUGGAAGUGGGAUACUACGCUGAUAAAGAAGACGCUUACUCGAUGGUGCUUAGGCUAGAUGCGUGAUACCGAUGCCAUCUUUUCGAAAAUUGAGCGGGGAAGCGGGGCAUGACAUCAGGUACAGACCCAGGCACAACUCCAAUCUCGAUCGGGAAGGGGUCAGAGACUUCGUGAUUGCACUGAUGGAAAAAGUUGUCCGUGGGGUGGAUCGAACACCCGGCUCUUCGGAUUGCGAAGCCACAACGAAGUGAUUUAGCCACUAAUCGACACAGACUUGCUCGAAUGGUCCAGGGCAAAGACGAAGUUGAAGUUGAGUCAUACGACUCACACCUUAAGCACCCGACUUCAUCUUUUCCCAUCGCGGGUUCCCACCGGCCUGUCGUCUGGCAGAAGCAUCACCGCCACCGGCUGCUCCUGCUCCAGCUCCGGUGCAUACGAUUAUCUCAUGGACGGGGCACUGAGCCGGCAUCCACCCACCUGCAAAGUUCGAUCUAUAUAUAUAUAUCUACUCUGCCAAGCCAACUUGGGCCCGCAGUCUGGGAAGUUUUUCUGACGUUCCCCAGAUGCCAGUGUUCCAAGCUACUUGCGUCUUCCAGGCUUGGCCCUGGAAUGCGUCAAGCGGUAGUGGCGUCAACAUAAGAUCGCUACCCACGCAUCGCCUCUGCUAACAGGAUCCUGAUGCUUCCCGUCAAGGCAUCAUCCACUAUUUCAAUCCUCGCUCGCCCACUGCUCCCGCCAUCGACAACCCCUCCCCUUCCUCCCUACCCGAAGCUCAACUGGAACGCGCAUGGUGGAAAUGGACGCCGAUAAUCUCUCGGCCGGGACCGGUGGAACUAACCCUGAGAUGACAACGCGGCGGCUGAAUGGGAUGAGGAUCAUCGCGCUGCAGGAGGUGGACUCGGCGGACCUCAUGUCCUUUCACUUCAAGGUCUGCAUCGUCGCUGGCAUCGGGUUCUUCACCGACGCCUACGAUAUCUUCUCGAUCAACAUCGCCGCGACGAUGAUUGGAUACGUGUAUGGGACGGUGUCCGAUUCCAAGUGCCAUCCGACGCUCACCGACCGGCAGAGCUUCGGUCUCAAAAUCGCGACGCCCGUGGGGACGUUCUUCGGGCAGCUUCUGUUCGGAUGGCUCGCUGACGUGUUUGGACGGAGGAAGAUGUACGGUGUCGAGCUCAUCAUCGUGAUCAUCGGGACUUUCGCCCAGGCGACGGCGGGCGGCGGCCAGGCUAUCAAUAUCCUCGCCAUGCUCAUCUUUUGGCGCUUCGUGGUCGGGAUCGGGAUCGGCGGGGAUUAUCCGCUCAGCGCCACCAUCGCGUCCGAGUUCGCCGCGACGCGGAUCAGAGGCCGGAUGAUGACCGCGGUGUUCGCUGCGCAGGGAUGGGGCACCCUAGCCGCAUCGAUCACCGCGACUGUCAUCACGACAGCCUUCAAGUCGCAGAUCGAAGCGGACUACGCCGGCUGCACGUGCAGCACAGCCGCGCUGUGCGCCGCCGUGCGCUCCCCGAACCACAUCGAUUACGCGUGGCGGCUGCUGAUCGGCCUGGGCUGUGUCCCCGCGGCGAUGGCGCUGUGGUUCCGCAUCACGAUCCCCGAGACGCAGCGCUUCACGAUGGACGUGCAGCGGAACAUGGUCCGCGCGGCGGAGGACAUCCAGGGCGCGCUCCACGCUGGGCAGCGCUACAGGCAAGGCGAGGCCCACCUUGGCGAGGAGAUGACCGUCCGCGCGCGGGCCCCGCGCCGGGAGACGUUCAAGUUCUUUGGCAGGUGGGAGAACUUGAAGGUCCUCAUCGGCACGACGUGGUCCUGGUUCGCCAUUGACGUGUCGUACUACACCCUGGGGCUGAAUUCGACCGCCAUCCUCCAGGCGAUCAAGUUCCGCGCGUCUGACAGUAUUUAUGGGAACCUCCAUAAUCUGUGUGUCGGGAACAUCAUCCUCGGACUCGCGGGGCUGAUUCCCGGCUACUGGGCCUGUUUCCUCCUCAUCGAUAAAUGGGGCCGGAAGCCGAUCCAGUUCAUGGGCUUCGGGAUCCUCGCGGUGAUAUUCAGUGUCAUGGGAUUCUCAUUCAACAGUCUCGUCCCCGACAGCCAGAGCUCCAACGGCCCCAAGACGAACUUCUUCUUCUUCCUGUUCUGCCUGGCCAACUUCUUCCAGAACUUCGGGCCGAACACGACGACGUUCGUGAUCCCAGGCGAGAUAUUCCCGACGCGCUACCGGUCGACGGGGCACGGCAUCUCCGCCGCAGGCGGGAAGCUCGGCGCGAUCGUCGCGCAGGGCAUGUUCAACGGACUCGUGCAUCCAGACAAGAGCGACCACUGGCUGGACCAUUCAUUCGAGAUCCUCGCGCUGUUCAUGAUCACGGGACUCGCGUCGACGUGGCUCGUGCCGGAGACCAUGGGCAAGUCGUUGGAGGUACUCUCGAAGGAAGACCAGGAGGACUUCAUGCAAGCGCCGGAACAUGGUGGCGAGGAGAUUGUGAAUGGCGUCGUCAUUGCGAUGCCGAAUCUGCGGCGCUGAGGGGGUUUUCUACGGUGAUUUGUUUUCUCUGGUUAACUGUCUGUCUGGUUUCAUGACUGAUAAUGGGAGAGUGAUGCUGGCAGGCCAAUCGCGAACAGUGCGUUGUUCCGGUGAUUCUAGAUGAGCAUUCGAUUACAGGGCACUAUAAAUACAAUCUAACUACGCGCAUCAAAUCUCUUUCUCGUCUACUUUCGUCGCGCGCGCUGGUGUCUCUAACAGAUAUCCGGGAUGGAACACGUUCAGAGUGAUGAUAGCUAGGGUGAUCAUCGCCCCAUCGAGGACAUCUGCAAGCGGAUGAGUUCGCACAAAGAUCCCGAGAUCAAGCGGCGACGCACUGAAGUACACCUGCGUGUGAAUAAUCCGUCCUCCCCAUCCAUCUGCCAGCUCGAUGACACGGUACACAGCCCGGAUGAACAGACACGUCGUGUUGAAGAUCAGAGCGCACAGCAGCACCUUCAUCCGCGGCGACAGCGCCUUGCGGGUGUCGCCGCUCCCGGGUGUCGCCGUCCUGUUGUCGUCGUCUGCGUUGGCUUCCCUCGAUGCUGCGGCGCGCACGGGGCGGUUCGAGAGGUAUCGCAGGAUGAAUUCACCUGCGCACAGGACGUACGCAGUUAUCGUGACUGGGUCCGCGUGAGCAUAGCGCGCGAGAGGGUCAGCAGUCGGGGGUAUGCGGCGCACCCAUCUGGAAAGCGAUGCCCCCAAGCAUGAUGUUGCCUCCCUUCUUCGGAUCCUUGAACAUAUUCACCGCGGUCGCGGCCGCGCCUCCACCGAUCGCCUGGACAAUGAGGGACACGAUAUCCUGUGUGGACUGCUCGGCAACUGCUGCUGAUGACGGGGGACACGGAUCUGAUCUGACGCACGCAACAUAGGAACAACACCGUGUCUAGGCCAGUCGAUUCGUCAGCCAGAUGUGUACACCACCCGAAUCAGCGCCGGGACGUACACGCUGUGGGCGACAGCCGACUAUACUCCGGACCCAGCCGCCGGAUGACCAAACCGAGGAUGACGAAGUUGGCCGCUGCGAGCGGGGUCGGCUGGCGCGGGAGCACAAUGAGCCGGGAUCGCACGCGCGAAGAGAGCCGGGCCCACUCACGCCCAUGAUAGUGCAGACGAUCCUGCGUGAGCCACAGUGUUUGCUUAUUUCGGGGAAUGGGAAACAGGAUCGCGACGCACUGCAUCUCGUACGCCUUGAACGUGAGCGGGUUGAUCGCGGACCACAGGCGCCCCGCCCACCCCAGGAUCUCGAGCACGCCCGCGAAGCACGCCGUGCUGAGCAGGAACCACAUCCGGUACCGCGCCGCCUGGACGGCAUGCGCGACUGGCAGACACGACUCCGGAAUCAGCCGCCGCGCGUCACACAAACAAAGAGUGGGCUGCUGCACGCACGGGUCGAGAGCGAGAAGAGGACGACGAAGAUGAUGCAGACGUAUUCCGUGGGGGUGUACCCGUAGGCGGACUGCUCAACCACUGGGUGGGGCGUCGCUUUUCGCAUGGCGGUAAGAGGCUGGGUGGACGCGUGAGUAAUUAGAUGUAUGUUCUUAUGUAUAGCGUCAUUCAAUUAAAACGGAAAGUCGGAU